UCGAGCGGCUCAGCAUGUUUGUCAUCAUCCUCAACUGCGUCACCUUGGGCAUGUACCAGCCAUGCAAUGACAAUGUCUGUACCACCCUUCGCUGCAAGAUCCUGGAGAACUCUGAUCACUUCAUUUUCGCCUUCUUCGCCAUCGAGAUGAUCAUCAAGAUCAUAGCCAUGGGCUUCUGGGGCGAGAUGACCUACUUAGCGGAAUCCUGGAACAGACUUGAUAUGUUCAUCGUCAUGGCAGGAGUUGUUGACUACGUAGUUGACAACACAAUGGAGUACGGAAUCGACUCCGAGAACCUCAGUUUGUCAGCCAUUAGGACAAUCAGAGUCCUGCGACCCCUCAGGGCCAUCAACAGAAUACCAAGUAUGCGAAUCCUUGUCAUGCUCCUCCUGGAUACCUUGCCCAUGCUGGGUAACGUCCUGCUCCUCUGCUUCUUCGUCUUCUUCAUCUUCGGCAUCAUCGGCGUUCAGCUCUGGGCCGGCGUCCUCCGUAACAGAUGCUUCAUCAACAUCAGCGACGAUAUACCAUAUAAACACUUAAAUCUUACUCCAUACUACCUUCCAAUGAAAGACUAUGAGGACUACAUUUGCGCGCGUCCCGGGGAGUCGGGCGGGCGCGAGUGCCAAAACCUUCCACGCUACCAGUUUGAGGGCAUCAAAUGUAACGCAUCCGCUAAGCCAUUCCACAACAAUACGCCCACGAACAGCUCAUGUGUUAACUGGAACCAGUAUUAUACCGUCUGCGAUGCCAGCGAUAAGAAUCCUUUCCAAGGGGCUAUAUCAUUUGACAAUAUCGGCCUCGCCUGGGUUGCCAUUUUUCAGGUGAUAAGUCUGGAGAGCUGGGUGAACAUUAUGUACUACGUGCAAGAUGCCCAUUCCUUCUGGGACUGGACAUAUUUUGUAGCUUUAAUUGUGAUUGGAUCAUUCUUCAUGAUCAACCUAUGUCUAGUCGUUAUAGCAACGCAGUUUUCCGAAACGAAGAAACGCGAGACAGAACGCAUGUUGCAGGAGAGAAAGAGAUACCAGUCCUCCAGCACGCUUGCCAGCAACUCUGAACCCAGCAGUUGUUACAACGAAAUUCUUAAAUAUCUAGCACACCUAUAUCGCAGAGCCAAACGGAAACUGUUAAAAGUGUACUAUGAAAAGACGGGCCAAAGCCACAAGAAAGUGUUACCACAGCUUGUCCUUGGGAAAAAGAAAAGGAAAGGUAUCCACACGCAUUCCCAUGUAUGUAAUCAUGCACGUAGUAAGAAUAUGAGAAAUGCGCAUUAUCAUUAUCUAUAUCUCCAUCACGAGAAUGUGUCAUCCUGUCCCGAUAGCACCCCUAACCAUGUAGCGCCUAGAGCUAGUCCCGAAGCUUCAGAAAUAGAUCCGAUAUCUUCGCCAAGAAGGCCGUUCUUGACAGUGCCAUCGGCGGGAUUACAUUCAUCGUCACAGUCUCUGAACACGUUAGCUCUUGCUGCCGCCGAGGUCCUGACGCCUUCCCUCUUCAAGUCGUUUGUCCCUCCUUCGCCGAACCAUCUAUCGCCCAACAUGUCAAACUCGAACAGCCGGAACCCGUCCUUCAGUUUUGACGGAAGUGUUAGACAUCUCCACAUCCUUCCAGAUGUGAUAUCCACGCAUAGCGCUAAGAAUGUGUCCAUUGCUGCAUCCAACACGCUAGUUAAUGAUGAGUUUGAUAAUUUCAAGUUCCAUCAUGUAAAUGAGAAAGCGACCAUUUCUGACACGUACCUACCAGACGCCGUUCAGGACACAUACUACCCUCGAUUCCAGUGUGCCUUACCUGGUGACCAUGAGGUGUGCUGUUACAAGGACUGCGAGUUCGCUGGUGACCAUGACAACGAGUUUGAGAUGGAAUAUAAACACGAGAUGAACCAGUGCGCUGUCUGCCGACAGGACCAGGAAGAGAAGAAGAAAACGCACAGAAAUUUCUUGAAACCUGCUCAAAAGUUUGUCAAGAAGAUUGUUGAGAGCAAGGUCUUCCAGAGGGGCAUCCUGAUAUCCAUCUUGUUCAAUACUCUCAGCAUGGGAAUCGAGUACCACAAUCAGCCGCCUGAAUUGACACGAGCACUAGAAAUUAGUAAUUUGGUAUUCGCCACUCUGUUUGCGGCUGAGAUGUUGCUAAAGCUCAUCUCCUAUGGCGUGUUUGGGUACAUCAAGAACGGCUUCAAUUUGUUCGAUGGUAUCAUUGUCAUAUUAAGUUUAGUUGAACUAAUGAACCAGGACGGUGGGAGCGGUUUGUCUGUGUUGCGGACCUUCAGACUUCUGCGUAUCCUGAAGCUCGUUCGCUUCAUGCCCGCUUUACAGCGCCAACUUAUUGUUAUGUUGAGGACAAUGGACAACGUUGCAACAUUCUUUGCCUUAUUGUUACUGUUUAUGUUUAUAUUUAGUGUUCUAGGUAUGAACUUGUUUGGGGGUAAAUUUUGUUGGAGGACCGACGGAUCAGCAGUCCCAUGUACUUGUAUAGAGUCCCUCGACCCGUCAAUAUGCGAAUGUGACCGAGCAAACUUUAAUUCGCUAUUAUGGUCACUUGUUACGGUGUUUCAGGUGCUAACCCAAGAGGAUUGGAAUACAGUGUUAUACAACGGAAUGGAGAAGACUUCAGCUUGGGCCGCCCUCUAUUUUGUUGCCUUGAUGACAUUCGGCAACUAUGUGCUCUUUAAUCUUCUCGUCGCCAUCUUGGUCGAAGGAUUUUCUUCCGAGGAAGACGAAAAGAAAAGGCGGCGAGAGUCUAUAAAAGAAAGAACGCUUGAAAUUAUUCAAGAGACCAAUAACAACGAGAGGAGAGAUUCAGUAAAAGCUAAAGUAGCGGAAGUGUUAGAUGUUAAAAUAAACAAUAAAGAACGAGAGUUGUUACUUGGUCUGAAUAUGGUCGCCAAAGAAGAAGGGAAUAAGGUGUUUACCCUGCCCCCACCCAUUAUUACCCACACUGAAGCCACACCCACUGCAACCCCGCAGGGAUCUCCGAACGAACACUCGGAACGUGAAGUUGGCAGACAUGCCGAUAUGAGCUCACUAACAGUAGAAAUAUCCACGCUCAACAACACAGCCCAACGUCUUUCCUGUAAUUCAUCCUUAUCUACGUCAAGCAAUCGCCUUUGUUGCAACCUCUCACGAGCGUCCAGUUGUCGGACUCCUACAGUAAGCUUCCGAACUUCUCCGAAGAUGUCACGUGUCUCACCUCGGCCUUCUCCGCGCCCUUCACCUCGCCUUUGGAGAUCACAUAGUUACGGUAGUCGUAGAAACAGUUGGAAACUUAAGCGGACCAAAGAUGGCGAUAAGGCUAAACUUGUCGAGCCUGGUACGAAACAGGAAGACAAUGACGACGACGUAGAUUUUGGUGAUUAUGACGAAGAAGAGGAUGACGAGGUUUUCAAACCGACAACGUCACAGCCUAUUCUAAAAACUGGUGUUUGUAAAAGUUCCGAAUGCAACGGGGACAUAAUGUUAAACAACAGGCGAGCAUUUAGCUCCCACCAAAAUCUGAUCUUCCAAAGAAGGAUGUCAUCUCCAAGAAACUCAAUUAAAAGCAGAAAUAAUUCCUCAAGUAGUGCUAAAAGUAUUUGUAACUCAUUCCAUUUGAGCAGACAAAAUACCUUCCCAUCCAGACGCGCGUUACCUUCAAUGUCUUCGGUGGGGAGUGGCUAUUUCAACGACGACUACAAACAGAAUGAUUUGUCAGAACCUACAAAUGAGAAGGACGAUCAUGAUGAUUCUCUUUACGAUGAAGAAGAUCCAGACGCAAUGGAUGAGACCAAUUGCAAUUAUUCAUGGUGUCCAAAAGCACAUGGGAUUUUCCUCGAAAGACAAGAAUACUCUAUGUAUAUCUUUAGUCCCAACAACCUCGUUCGCAGAUUUGCCUUUCACACCAUUGCUCAACGCUGGUUUGACAAUACCGUGCUGUUUUUUAUUGCACUGAACUGCAUCACACUUGCAAUGGAAAGACCAGACAUUCCUCCUGAUAGUACUGAACGGAAAAUUCUCACGAUAUCAAAUCAUAUAUUUACGGCCAUUUUCACCAUUGAAAUGACAGUUAAAGUUCUUGCAAAAGGUUUACUGUUUGGAAAACAUGCGUACUUCAAGAGUGGAUGGAACGUUAUGGACGGUUUUCUCGUGGUUAUCUCUCUUGUUGACACAAUGAUCUCUCUCACCGCUAACAGCAGCCCCAGAAUCUUUGGCAUCCUCAGAGUGUUUAGACUUCUCCGCACACUCAGGCCACUGAGAGUGAUAAGCCGCGCACCAGGCCUUAAGCUGGUGGUCCAGACUCUGUUAUCCUCCCUACGGCCAAUAGGCAACAUCGUGCUCAUCUGUUGUACAUUCUUCAUCAUAUUCGGCAUACUUGGCGUGCAGCUUUUCAAAGGAACGUUCUACUACUGCAAAGGACCGGACGUAGCACAUAUCCAGAACAGAACUCACUGUUUGGAAUCUAAACGCAAUGUCUGGGUCAAUCGAAAAUACAACUUUGAUAAUCUUGGAAUGGCACUGAUGGCGCUGUUUGUCUUGGCGUCCAAAGACGGCUGGGUCAGCAUUAUGUAUACGGGUUUGGAUGCAGUUGGAGUCGAUCAGCAGCCGGAGCAAAACUACAAUGAAUGGAGGUUGAUCUAUUUUAUAUCAUUCCUUCUUCUCGUCGGCUUCUUUGUAUUGAACAUGUUUGUCGGCGUGGUGGUUGAAAAUUUCCAUAAGUGCAGGGAGUCGCAAGAAAAGGAAGAGAAGGCCAGAAGGGCUGAAAAGCGACAACAGAAGCUAGAUCAGAAGCGAAGACAGAUAGUUGCUCAACCAGGUUUACAACAGUGUCCAUACUGGGCUCGUUAUGGGAAACCACGACUCAUUAUAUAUACUGUCAUCAACAGCAAAUAUUUUGACCUCGCCAUUGCGGGGGUCAUAGGGUUAAACGUCAUUACUAUGGCGAUGGAAUUUUACAUGAUGCCAAAGGAGUUGGAGUUUGCCCUUCAAAUCUUCAACUACUUCUUUACAUCGGUGUUCAUACUGGAAGCCGCGAUGAAAAUCAUCGCCCUUGGGACCAUUCGUUACAUGAGAGACAGAUGGAAUCAACUUGAUAUCUUCAUUGUCAUUCUGUCUAUCGUCGGCAUCGUUCUUGAAGAAAUGAAGACAAAUGUAAUUCCUAUCAACCCCACCAUUAUACGUGUAAUGAGAGUGCUAAGGAUUGCUAGAGUGUUGAAGCUGCUGAAGAUGGCCAAGGGUAUCCGCGCCCUGCUUGACACGGUGAUACAGGCUUUACCCCAGGUCGGAAAUCUUGGCCUCCUCUUCUUCCUCCUUUUCUUCAUAUUUGCGGCACUCGGUGUGGAACUGUUUGGACGUCUUGAGUGCUCGGAGGACCACCCAUGUGAGGGACUUGGAGAACACGCCCACUUCCGCAACUUUGGCAUGGCCUUCCUUACCUUGUUCCGAGUGGCAACGGGAGAUAACUGGAACGGUAUCAUGAAGGACACUCUACGCGAGGAUUGUAACAAGAGCGAAGAUUGUAAAAUCAACUGUUGCGUUAAUCCAGUUAUCGCCCCUGUUUACUUUGUCAUCUUCGUCCUCAUGGCCCAGUUUGUCCUUGUCAACGUCGUGGUCGCUGUUCUUAUGAAACACCUCGAGGAGACUUACAAAUACAAAGAACUCGAUGACGAAGUAGAAGAAGAACUGAAACACGAAAUGGACGAAAUGAGAAAAGCAGCUCUGCGGGAAAACUUUGAGAUGGCAAAGUUUAAGGACUCCCACAAGAUGAUAGAUGACGAGGCGGAGCUGGAAGACCUCUUCCGGAGACAGGUCCGGGAAUUUGCAUUGGGCCAGGUGAACGGCAACGGUAAGGACGACAGCGACGAUGACAAAGGUGACUCAGGGCCGACGGACCGGUUGCUCCCUCCGCCCCCAACCCUCACCUUGCGGCCACCUAGUUGUGAACCGAGCCCGCCAAGUCCCACUGCAACGCUUUGGACCUCGGACGCAGAAAGAGGUAUGCUUCUGGAUCCUAUGGCGAUUACAAUCAAUGUGCCAAACGAUAAGAAUACAUUAAAGGUCCCGAGUAUAUCCUCCAUGGAUGGUCGCUUAUUACCUCUUCCCCCGAGGGAGAGACAUUAUAGUGAUUCUAAUCCAGACGCUGGGAAAUUUAAUCGAAACUCCACCUCAUCGCCUUCUCCAAGUUUGCUUGGCGAACGACCAUGCAUCAAAAGACCGGUUAGUGAGCAAAAUAUCAAUUACAAAAGUAAGUCAAGAAAAGAGAAGGCAGUGUCUUGGUACAGCAAGAUACCAACAAGUACUCAGACCCUGGGUUGUGUGGAAGGUGUUAAUGAUGACAGAAGUGCAGACCUCCCGAAUACUCAGUCCCAGCCUUUACUUGGCACACUGGAAGGUAAUAGUGAGAGAAAACAUAUUUGCAGACAUACGUAUUCUGUUCGGCAGAUCAAAUCUCCAAAAGAACAAAAAAAGUCGUGGAAUAUACGACGAUCUGCUAGUUCAGGUUCGGAAAAAUCCAAAAUCAAAGAAAAGUAUUUACAAUUAAGACCUACAAAUAAAAUAGAGGACUGUUGCUCACCGUUAACAAUUGCUAAUGAAGCCAGGCUUGCCAGACGUCUAAACAACUCUCGACAAAGCAGUCUUGAUACUGCAAAGAGUGAGGAAAUGUCAUUGAUAGAUUGGGAAGAAGAUGAAAAGUUUUGCGAUGAAGAGGUGGGGAAUAUAACAGGUUGCUUUGGCGACGAGGAAGAGGAGGUUCGGCCGACCGUUCGAAGUGUGAAUCCAGACUCUGAACAUUCAGUCAGUUGUGUACCUUGUCCACGUGAUGGAAACUCUCUUGAAAUUCCAGACACUUCUAACAAUGUAACUAAUCAUUCCAUUUUAACUACUGGUGUUUCACCGUUACACGUUAGUUCGUGUGAUGUUUCUUUAAAAUGUGAUCAGACAGGAUUGAACUAUGCAUCGACAGAUUCAAAUUCGAAAUCGACUCUCAGUGUUCCAUGCGUCUCUCUAGCAGUUGACAGCAAAACAGCAUUAAAGCCUUUGUCUUUAGACAAAUCUAUUCCAAGUAACUGCCUUCUUGGUGUUCCAAAGGAAACUGUUCCAAAACCCUUGUGUAAUUCAAGAGGACUGUUAGGAGAAAACACCCUUUUUGUUGGAGUUGGAACCCUUGAUGAGAAACGACCGCCUCUACCAAAUAAUCAACAAACUGGAGAAAGUCAUUUGUGAUAUUUUUGUAAUUCAUAAUGUGUUUUGUACCUUUGCAUUUGUAUAUUGAAUUUUGAGCUCAUACAUAUCGCCAAAUUGGAAAAUUCGUAUCCGUUGUGUGUUGUUUUGUAUGUUAUUUAAUAUUGAUACAACAGGUAAAAUAAUGUUUAUAUUUUGUUACAUUAUAAUCAUAAUUUUGGUAAAUUUUCACUUUGCUUUUUCACAUCAAAUCAUAUUAAGAUAUAUAGCUGGCUAUGUUUUGGAAACCAUUUAUGGUGGAAUUAUGUUUAUAGCUUUUUUGUAAAAUAAAUUAUAUCCGCCAAUCAUAACAUAACAUUUGCGAAAGAAUAUCGAGAAAGUAAACUGAAAUAGAUAUACUCUCUUUUUUCCAUGAGAAUAUUCAUGUUAGUAUAACACAGAUAUGAGUGAUGUGCCGGAAUUAUUUCGGGCCUAUCUACCAUACAUGUUUUUGAUUUUUGUCGAUUCCAAAACUCAUUAUGCAUAAAAUUUGGUGUUCUUUUUGUGUUCAAUUCGUUAGACUAUGUUCGCAUUUAUUGCUUUUUAAAAUUGUAUUACUUGCACAUGGGUGUUUAUAAUUUGACGAGGGACAUUUAAAUGAUAAGUGAUAGUAUAAAUGGCUGGCGUGGAAAAAGUAUUUUAACUGUGUGCUACUUAUUUUAACCUGAAACUUAAAUUUAUCUAUUUUAUGGAGUUCAAAUACAUUCUGAAAAAUUAAAAUUGAAAAUGAUUUGACGGAGAUUUUUUAUGAUUUUAAUUACACUUUAGACUCUUAGCUUAUAAAAUUAUAUAUUUAUGCCAUUUUUUGAAAUUAAACAUAAGCUGAGUGUGACAGUGUCAUUACUUGUUGAAUGUCCCUCGUAUAUAUUUGGCACGUUGAUGUUGAUAGUUAUCAAACCUAGUGUGUUAUGAUAAUCAUGUUGGGUAGUUGAUGCAGAGGAUGAUUGGUCUGUUUGUUUUGUCAACAACAAUGCUCAUAUCAAAACGUGUAAACAUUCAAAAGAUUUACA